UCUUCUUCUUCUUUUUGUCUUUCAUAUCCUAAACUCUCUCUCUCUCUCUCUUUGGAUCUUCUUUAAAGCCUCCGUCUCUUUCUCUUAAACUGUAGUGAAGGCCAAGGAUAUAAUAAUCUCUCAUACAAUACAACCAUAUUCUUGGCUUUCACUGCCGCCCAUUAUUCCAUCUCUCUGAUAUCAUUGGUUGUUUAUUAAUAAAAAAAAAAAGAUGGGUGCUGUUUCAUUGCCUCCUGGUUUUAGGUUCCACCCGACGGACGAGGAGCUCGUCGUUUAUUAUCUCAAGAGAAAGAUUAAUGGGCGCAAGAUUGAAUUGGAGAUCAUCCCUGAAGUUGAUCUUUACAAGUGUGAGCCUUGGGACUUACCAGGGAAAUCCUUAUUACCCAGCAAAGAUCUUGAAUGGUACUUUUUUAGUCCUCGAGACCGUAAGUACCCAAAUGGAUCAAGGACAAAUCGAGCAACUAAAUCUGGGUAUUGGAAAGCCACGGGGAAAGACAGGAAAGUGAAUUCUCAGACACGAGCUGUAGGGAUGAAAAAAACCCUGGUUUACUAUCGAGGAAGAGCACCCCAUGGCACUCGAACCAAUUGGGUCAUGCAUGAAUAUCGUCUCGACGAACGCGAAUGCGAAUCGGCUUCCUUAGGCUUGCAGGAUGCUUAUGCUCUUUGCCGUGUGUUUAAGAAAACUGCAAUUCCCCCCAAGGUUCCUGGGGACCAUUACCAAGCCGUCGCGACUCCAAAUCAGAUUGCUUACGAACAUUCUUCGAGCUUCGAAGAGAGUUCCGAUUUUGGUAUCCCGAUCGAUACACGUUCGCCGAGUGUUCUCAAUCGGUCACCUAUCGACAUUUGCGAUGCCAACGAGGUUAAAUGGAUGCAAUCCUUGUCCCAUGAUGUGUUUGGCUUAAACAAUGCAUCCUUCACAAACUACGAAACGCUACCCUACCAUCCAUCCAAGGUUGAUGUGGCACUAGAAUGUGCAAGACUACAGCACCGGUUGGCACUGCCACCAUUGGAGGUGGAAGAUUUCCCUCGACUUGGAUUCACCAACUAUAAGCUGAUGGAAACAACACCACCACCACCACCAACGCGUGAAACCGAUAUACUGCAGGAGAUUCUCUCGCUAAAUCCAAUCGGCCAUGAAGAUGCUUGGGGGGCUAGUUCAAGCAAUAAUAAUGCCGAUGAUUUCACUUUCAUGACUGCCAAAAGCAUGUACCAAAACCAAGUGAACGAGAUGAGCUGUGCACAAUACAUGAAUAAACCUUUGGAAGAAGCCAUUACAAGGCCCAUAGAUAUAACUGAGCUGCAGGGAGAGAGAAUGGCUGAAAAUUCGAGAUGGGUGGGAAUGUCGAGCAAAGAUCUAGAGCAGUAUUGUUUCAUGGAAGAAAACAAGGUUGUUCCUAUUGAAAACAUUUCAAGUUUUACAAGAAAUGAAGACAAUGGCAUCCAAGGAAAUGGACAUGAUUAUAAUAGUUUCGAAUUCGAUGACACCGGUAUCAACAAUCCAGAAAUGGAAGAUUUCACACAUGGAUUCAUCGACGAUGACCCCAACGAUCAUCACUUUUUAGACGAAGGCAACAUGGACGAUCUUACCACCUCACCAAGCUUUGAACUCGUCGAAGACAUCAAAAUCAACCAUGGAAUGUUCGUUUCAACUCGGCAAGUUGCCAACACGUUCUUCCACCAGACACUGCCUUCUCAAACAGUCCAGGUCCAUCAAAAUGCAAUGACACCAACCAGCUUCCAUUUCCAAGUGGAGAAACACAAAGGGAAGUGCAUGGCAACAACCAUGAGUACCUUCACAAGGCAAUGCAAAGAAGCUUUAAGUGGCUUCCUUUGUAUGCUUGUGCUUCUCUUGUAUGUUGGGGAAGAAGAUGAUGGAUUGAAUGGUGGUUCAAAGGAGUGUAAUAAGGAGAAGGAAGUGACAGAUUAUUUGUUGAUCAAGUCUAAAGCUAGCAGUUGGAACGACUUUGGGUUGGUUUGGAAAAAAUUGGGGUUUUUUUUCACCAUUUCUUUGGUUUUGUGUACAUUGUUAUGCUAACUAUAUAUGCUGACCCAUUUGGUGUAAUUUUAAUUUUAUAGUUGUCAAUUAGGAAAGGUGGAAAAGCAAUGGAAGGUGCCUUCUCCAUAGUUGAACACACAGUUUAUCUUUAAUUUCAUAUUGUAAUGUUUUAAUAGUAAUCAAUCAUAGGAACUCAUAUGAAUAAAUGCAGUCCAUUUUUAGCUUAUGAAA